CGCAAUUUCCGGUAAAAUCAAAACACAGUUGACAGGUGUUUUAACACGACACGUUGCAGACCGGUUAUUAAAAGUCAGGAUGCAGUUCGAUAUACGGAGGUUUGAUAUUUAUCGGAAAGUCCCGAAGGAUCUGACACAACCAACAUUAACAGGAGCGUGUAUAUCAAUAUGCAGUGUGUUGUUUAUGAUGUACCUCUUUUUAUCAGAACUAAUAGGAUUCCUUCAACAUGAAAUAGUGAGUGAAUUGGUUGUAGAUGACCCAGUAAAAUACUCAGAGAAGAUUCCAGUCUUCCUAAAUAUAACCCUUCUUAACACCAAGUGUGAAUUUGUUGGUCUUGACAUCCAAGAUGACAUGGGACGACAUGAAGUCGGUUUCCAGGACAACACAGAAAAAAUACCCCAGAACGAGGAUAAUGGUUGCCGCAUGGAAACGAGCUUUCUCAUCAACAAGGUGCCUGGGAACUUCCAUGUCUCCACUCACGCUGCAUCGCAGCAACCAACACAUGGGGACAUGCGUCACAUUGUGCAUAAACUCCGCUUUGGUAUGGACCUAGAGGCAGGAACCGACGUAAAAGGCUCCUUUAAUCCCAUGGAGAACCUUGAUAAAUCUAAAGGCAAUGCUCUUGCGACCCAUGACUACAUUGUGCGAGUUGUGCCAUCAGUAUUUGUAAAUAAAAACGAUGAUAAGCGAUUUCCCUACCAAUAUACAUACUCCUACAGGGAAAAGCUAAUAGCAAACAGAAAGCCCGCGGUGUGGUUUAAGUACGAGCUGAGCCCGAUAACAGUGCAGUACCGUGAAACCCGCCAGCCCUUCUACCACUUCCUAACCACUAAAUUGAAUUAGGAGGCAGAGUUCCAAGUGUUUUGGUCUGUGCGAUUGUCGGCGGCACUUUUACAGUGGCAGGAAUUCUUGACUCAUGCAUAUUUACGGCGCACGAGAUUAUCAAGAAAAUCGAGAUCGGGAAGCAGAGUUGAGGCAGCCUGUAGAGUUGACCUAGAUUUUACUAGUACAUUCGUCUUGUUUCACGUAUUCCAUAACAAAUUAAAUGCGAUGGUCGCUUGCAUUCUGUAUUUAUAGAAGGACUUACUGUUAUUUUUAUGUUGGGCCACAUGGGGUGGCUUGAAAGACUGUAGCAAGUCCUUUUCUAUAUAUUCAGAUAGUUACUACAUUCGUACAGAGACCCAAGAUAUAUAAGGGAUGCCUUCAGAGUGUAUAGUACAUAAUAAUCCACAUGUUUACGAAGUCAAACUUUAGCUCAGAAAAAACUCAAACCUUCAAAUGUUUAUUUUAAAUCAGUUUCAACUUAGUUUUAAUUUAGCAGAUCAAUUUGGUUGUAAACAUUAAAAUUGUAUGCCUGGCCACUCUUGAAUAAUUGAAAUAUAUUGAACGCAUUUUAAAUUAAUUUAUAAAUCGAAAGUCUGGUGUCAGACUAAAAACACUUCGUAAACAUGGGACUGAAUGUAUGGAAGUUCUACCUGCUGGCAUCAUAUCAUCAUAAGCAAUAAUCAUUGUUAAUGCUCAUCAUUGAUGCUGCCAGGGGCUUGACUCCAUUUUCUGUUUUGCGUUUUGUUUUAGUUAUUAUUUAUUUGUUUUACACUGCUAUAAACAUUGAGUUUAGAUUGAAAGAUGGUGAGACACCUUUUAAGUUUAGUUAGUCCUUAAAUAGCAAAUGAAAGAUUACAUUAUUAAGUUGGUAGAUUUUUAUAAGGAACAAUACUAGGAUAAAGGAAUUGAUAUAGGAGAGAUAAUACAUACUAGUGAAGUAACUUUAGCUUAGAUUUUUUGAGGACCAUCUGAGUUUAAGGUUCAAGUAAUUACCGUCUUGCACCAAGUGUUUUGUGUGUUUUUAUGUUUGCAAACAAAUAACUAUUCUUAUCAAACAUGUAUAUGUUUUGCAUCACAUAAAGAGCAUGCUUUUACUUAUUCAGAUUUAUUUAGUACCAAGUUAUAUGUGUGUAUGUACAAGUUCAAAAUUAUAAAUAUAAUAUUGACUUCAUAAGCCAGCAGACAUCAUAUACUUUACAUUCUUUGUUUUAAUGAAAUGACACAUCUCUUACUUAUGCCAGACAAAAAAGAUCGCGUCUGAUCUCUUGUUCAUGUCUUGAAAUGUUUGGACACAUAAUUGUACCCUGUUGGGGGAACUGAUGCAAACCAGACUUGGAACAAACGGCAUUUAACAUCAGUUCACUAGUGUCAUAUUGACACAAAAAGACAAUGAUUCAAGGAUCUUAUUAACCCCAUAGUCUAAUACCAGUGUAAACGUUUGAUAGGCGACAAUUCUCCGGUGCCUUAGUGUAGAUGUUGACAAAAACAUUUAGCCCCAUUAUGUUCCAUUUGUCCUCGUGUGUUGAUGGAAUGUUGGAAUUAGGGAUCAACAGAAACAUCAAGAUGAUGUUACCUCUAUUUUUAUUGCUAUUGGCUACAAUUAUCUUUAUGUUCUGUCCUCAUUCAUUGCACAACAUUCAUUCAUGCCUUAGUGUGUAAUUAAUUAGAGCGUUUGAGUGCCAUGCUAUGUAGCAAGAAAAUAGAAACAAAUGUAUGACAAUAGUUUAUGCAUAUAGAUUGUACAUAUGAUUUGUAAAAGUAUUUAACUACUGCUUCGAUGCCAGAGUGUAGUGUACAUUUAAACCACGUCAAUUUAAUAUCAAAAUAUUAUAAUGUACGGUUGACGGUUUUAUAAUGUCGUAUAAAAGGUUGUUUCUUUAUGAAUUCUCAUAGAAAAUAGGCAAUCUUAUUGAAUAUUCAUAUAAACAUAAGAGGCAUCUUUUGCUGUACAUGAAUUUGUGCCAAUUGAUUUCAUACGACUGAAUGUAAUUCGUUUCAACAAAGAUUUAAGAGUAAUGUUGAACUCAUCGUAGAUGAAUAUCUGUGUAAUUUUUAACUUGUCUGUUUUUUGAAGAGAAAAGUCGAGGUAUUGUUAAAGCAUUUGUGUCGCCAUAGUCUGCGUCGUUGAGCUAAAGAAUACACUUGGCCUAACUCGAACACUGCUGUUCAAGAUAUUGAAAUGAAACUUGGUACUUAUCUAUCUAAAGACAUUAUGCUCGUGUGUAGCAAGGUCAAUAAAUAGAUCUACCUUCAAGAAUUUUUAGCUCUACUGGCCAAAGGCCAGAAGAGCUUAUGCGAUGGUAAUGUGUACGUAGUAUGUGCAUCCGUGCGUCCGUGCGUCUGUAAACAAUUGCUUGUGAACACGAUACAGUCUCGUUUUGAUUGUAUCUCGAUGAAACUUGUACAGUAUUUAGAUAUCCAUUAGAGCUCGGUUCCUUUCGAAAACCAGCCAGAUCCGCCCAUGCAUGCCUAGAUUAUGGCCCUUGAUAGUAUAAAAAAUGCUAUUGUGUAAACAAUUGGUUGUAAACAAUUGGUUGUGAACACGAUACAGUCUUCAGUUUUUAUUGUAUCUCAAUGAAACUUGUACAGUAUCUAGAUAUCCAUUAGAGCUCGGUUCCUUUCGAAAACCAGCCAGAUCCGCCCAUGAAUGCCUAGAUUAUGGGCCAUCAAAGUUUUAAAGAAAUGCUCUCUAUUUUUAGCCAGGUCUGCAUGAGUGAAUUCUAUUUUUAGCCAAGUUUACAUGUACAUGUAAAUUCAAGUCUAGAGUUAAGGGAGGCAAUUUGCAAGUCUAGGAUUUUGAGAGACAAUUUGCUUUUUGCUUCUGCAGCUGAUUUUGUGAAUUACUCUGCCUUGUUCUUGUUGAAAGCCCAAAGGCCAUUUUUUAGCUUUAAGUUCUGUAGUUUGCGCAUUCAUCUUAACAAAAUUGGUUGUGAAUGUUUAAGUUAUGCACCUGGUGUCAUUACUGGCCACACCCAGGGUUCACAGGUUUGGUAAACAUAAAUCUGGAAAGGUUUAAAAAUCUUUUUGUGUGUUCGUGGAUCCAUCUCAGCACAAUUGAUUGUGAAUGUUUGUUCAAAUUGAUCAAUGUUGUCCUAGGAUGCCCUUGACUUUGACCUUUUGACCAACUUUUUUUAACUUUUAAAACUACAGAAAUUUUUACUAUGAGUACAGUUUUGAAAGCAUUUUUUUUUUGUCAGAUGACUUUUACUUGGCACAUAUUAAAAUAGUUCAUGGAACUAAUCUGCUUACAAUACUUUCUGGGCUCAGAUGUUGAACGUGCUACGUUUUCAGGUAAGCCAAACACAAAACAUAAACCAUAUGUCUGUUGCCUUUUACCCAUACAUACAUGCUCUGGAUUGAUAUGACCACAAAAGCCAUGCCAGUAGAGCAUAGGCCCUUUUGGGCCUCUUGUUAAGGUAUGCGGCUUUUUCAACGGAAUCUCUAAUCCCAACCCUCAACAACAGCUGUUGCUACAGCUCUUGCUAUAAGUAUUGUCAAGGUAUGCUCCAUUUUCAACCGAAUCUCCUAACCCAUCCCUCAAUAAUAAGAAUGGACAAACAAGCGUUGGCGUUCGCUCAGCUACGACCAAGUCGCUCUAGUUGAAUGACCUGGUAUUCGUACUGUGAACAACUCCGUUUCAGGGAAAAGUAUAUAUUCUAUUAUUGUUCAUUCACAAAAUUUAUUUUUAUGUUCUUUGGGAAUGGUUAUAUAUCUCUGUGUAACAUGCUUAAUAUGAUAUUGUAAGGAGUUUGUCUGUAUUUUUAAUAUAAAUGUUUACAUCAAAACAUUUUACCAUUUCAGGUUUUAAGAAAUAUUUAGUUUAUUAAGUCAAAAAGUGAUACUAUUUGUUUCGGAUGUAUUUGAACAUUAGAUAUACUUUUGAUAGUAUGUAUUGUUAAAACAGCGUUUAUAUAUCAUACUUAUCCGGAUGAUGUAAGAGUUUUGCAAAAUGAACAUCUAAUAAAUGUGUUAUAUAUAUAUUAUGAAAUCGUUAAGACUUUCAAGAUUUGAAUCUCUGCAUUUAUAUAUGACAGAUGAACACAAAUAUCACGUGACCACAAAAGUAAACACAAUGGUACAUCAUCUGUGGUAGAAGAUCAUUGAAAAAAUAUUGCAUUUUUAUCUCUUUCAAAUAUAAGAAACAGACUUCUAUUCAAAUAAGAUAAAAUGAUGUUUACCAACGCCACUGCUUUUUACGUUAACGUGAAUUGUUUUUUUCGUUCAUAGUUUAUAAAUGGGUUGAUACUUGACACACUUUCGUGUUCCCCAUGAUGGAUUUGUGUUUAUAUGACCUUUGCAUUUUUUUUUGUUUUAUAUAGUCAAAAUACUUCAUAUUAAUUGUAUUAUUUUUGGUAGAAGGGUUUUGCAUGUUCGAUUGGACUUGUCUCAUGUACUUUUGUUUAUGUACAAUUAUGAAGGUACUUAUAACUCAAACUAGUAAUGUACAUACUUUAAUGUUGUAAUACUUAAGAUUUAGGCAAAUACCUGCAAUCAGAGAGAAUAUAAAAGCCAUGAAUAUCUGAGAGAAUAAAUAUUUUCUGCUGGACUAGGACUUCGCUUACUAUGGCAAGAUGCCACAUGGAUUCCUUUGAAAAAAAUAAUAAAGAUGACUUCAACGUGAAUGGUUGUUUUAAGAAACUAGACAUACUUUUUUGAUUGUUUAAUUCAAUUGUCAUCAUAUCUGUAAAACGCUAUAAAUGGCAUUUUUUUUCAAAUCUGUUGUUUGCUUAUUUACAUUGAAAUGUAUAGGGAAAUUAAUUGUUAGUGUUUAACCUGAUGUAGAAAAAGAGAACCAUAGACAUUCAUUAUUAAGCUUAGAGGUGUCAUGUAUUCUGUACUUAUUCCAGUCAAUUCCUAUUGUGCAUUUUUGGACAUUAUAUUUCCUAAUUUUAUAUUUUACCUAUUUACAUAGCAUUUCGGAAAUCUUAUUGAUUGUAAGAACUGUGUUUCAAUUAUUUCUCCAAGGUGUUAAGAAGCUUUUAGUUUUAAUUUAACGACAAUAUGCUGCUGAUGUUUGUAUUUUUAGAGGGUAUGUGUUGAGUGACUUUAUAUGUUAUAGUUUAAACUUCGUUGUGAUGUUUUAAUAUGCUGCUGUAAUGGAGAAAACCUUUUACAAUUAACAAUGAGCUAGUCUGCUUGUCGUCAUUUUAUGUGACAUUUUAUAUACUUUAUGUAUUUAUGUUUGUAUUGCUUUUUCGUUUGUUUCUUUUGGAAAUUCUUCUGAAAUUCAAAUACAUUUUUAUUGUUUUUUAAAUAUUCAACUCAGCGCAAUUUUCGAGAAGAUCAUGAUUUUAUUGAAAACAUAACUUAAAUCUCCAUUUUAAUUAUGCUGCUGAAAUGAAAUUAUUCUUUCAUGAAAGAAAAGUAUAGUUUAAAUAAAGAAAUUCUUUAAAUACUAUUGAUAUGUUAUUAAUGCUUAAAAUAGUACCAGUUUUUAUGCUAGAGAUAAAUACUCAGUCUAUAAGAGAGACAAUCUGCUUUUGAAUUAUCAUUUAAUUGUAAAAAGUUUGUAGCCUAACAUGGUAGUACACGUUAAUCUUGUACCGUUUUAUUGAUAAACGUUCAUUUGAUAACAUUUAAACAAAGGUGCAGUGUAUGUUAAAUAUAUAUAUCAUACAAUAUUAUUGAAAUAAAUGUUUUGACAUUGA